UUGCAUGCUCACACUCUUCAGUCUUCACCUUCUUCUCCUCUACCUCAACCAAAUCACCACCUUCUCCAUUAACAAUAAAAUCGAAGUCUAUAAAGAAACACUAUAAGAUGAGGCCUAUUAGCAGCGGUAACACAGUGGAAGCAGCAAGUAUGCCCUCAUUGUCACCGCCGGCAAUGGCGCAGCCACGCUCUCCAUGGCACUCGCCCGUGCCCUACCUCUUCGGAGGCCUAGCAACGAUGCUGGGUCUCAUUGCUUUCGCUCUCUUGAUCCUAGCUUGCUCCUACUGGCGACUUUCUGGUCUCUUGGACAACCACGGUGAAGGAGGCGACGCCGAAAGGGAUGUCGAAAGCGGUGAAAACGAGGGUGAGUCAACCAAGCCGGUGAAGGUUUACGAGGAGAAGAUUCUGGUCAUAAUGGCCGGUGAGGAAAAGCCCACGUUCUUGGCUACCCCUGUGUGCACUAAAGCUUCCUCGUUUGGUGAUAAGAAUGGUAAGUUUGAGGACAAGGAAGGAUCAGAGAUACCUGAAAGCGGUGAGAAAGUGAAAGAAGAAAUGGGCGGUGAUGAUGGCAAUGAUCAAUUGCCAACAAUAAGAGACAACUCUGAAAAUCACGAGAAUCACGACUGCCAACCAACCCUAGACCAAAAUUAA